AUGCAGCGGCUGAAGCGGUCGCUGUCCCUCCGGACGCUGCUGCGGAGCAAGAGCGUGGAGAGCCUCUUCCCGCGGCCGGGCGGGGGGGUGCAGGGCCCCGGGACCCCCCCGUCCCCCCCGCGGACACACGGCUUCCAGCAGUACGUCUUCAAGAAGCAUUGCCCCUGCGAGCUGUGCCGGCAGCUCAUCGCAGGCAACUCGCGGCAGGGCCUGCGGUGCAAGGCGUGCAAGGCCGGCGUGCACCUCUGGUGCUCCGAGGGGAUCUCACACCAGCGGUGCCCUGGAAAGACGGCCACCUCUUUCCGCCGCAAUUUCAGCUCACCCCUGCUGCUGCCGGAGCAGGGGGGCUCCGUGCAGGGCUUGCCCCCCCCAGCCUGCACCCACCGUGGGGUGCACGCUCUCCCUGGGGUGCAGGCUGGGCUGGGGGGGCACCCUGACACCCCCCAUUCCCCCCCCCCCCCAGACCCCGGCGUGAGGGUGGACCCGGUGUACGAGGCACUGCGGUUCGGCACCUCCCUGGCACACGGCGCCGGCUCCAUGGAGCUGGCCCCCGGCAUCCAGGGUGACAAGGCGGCAGCCAGGGAGGAGAGCGGGGACGCCCCGAGCAGCACGGGGAGCCCGAGCGGCGGCGCUGUGACCCCAGCAGAGAGGAACGGUGCAGAGGAGAAGAGCCCCGGGCAGCAGGCUGCCCGGGGGCUGGCACGGCGGGACGGGGUGCCCAUGUUCUCCUACGUGGCUCUCUACAAGUUCGUGCCCCAGGAGCACCAGGACCUGGCGCUGCAGCCCGGGGACAGGGUCACGCUGGUGGACGACUCCAACGAGGACUGGUGGAAGGGGAAGGUGGGCGACCGGCUGGGCUUCUUCCCGGCCAACUUCGUGCAGCGUGUCCGUCCCGGCGAGAGCGUCUGGAGGAGCUGCCGGGCCGUGCAGGGCGACAAGGAGCAGGGGCGCAUGAGCCUCAGGGAGAACCAGAUCUGCGUCGGCGUGGGCAGGACCCAGGGCCUCGUCCGGGUGACCAGCGGGAGGAAGCGGGGGCUGGUCCCCGCUGAGGUGCUGACCGAGAUCUGAGGGGCAGCGUCUGGCCCCCCCACCCAGUGUCCCCGUCCCCAUCCCAGCGCUACCCCUCCCCUGGAUCACCAGACCUCAGGAAGCCCCGUCCGGGUGGUACUUGACCCCCCUGGCCAUGCCCGGGGGCCUGUCCCCAGUGUCCCCAUCCCUCAGGGUCCGGCCUGAGGCACGUGUCCUGCUGGCACGGGGCAGGGGACACGGGGGUGGCCCCCAGGGUGGCACUGCCCACGGAUGGGGCACCCACACGGCUGCUCCUAAACCCCCACGUGUGCCAAUUGGCGUGUGUGGACACGGCAUGCACAGCAAGGAUGCAUGUGCAUGACAGCACGGAUGUGCAAAUCCUCGUGCGUACACCAGGGCACGCGCCUCCGCCCGUGCACGCACGGGUGCCGCUCCACACGCGCAGCUCCAGAGCCAUACACGCCUGUAUCUGUGCACUAACACACGCAUGUGCAGCCUCACACGCGUGUGUGCCCUGCCCGGCUGCCGUGUGCUUGGUUUGCCCAAGCAAUAACCCCCCCUGUGCCCGGCCAGCGCCCGGCCCCGCUCCCGGGAUGCUCCAGCCCGAGAUCCUAAAUUAAACGC